AUGGCGCAUGCUUCUCACAAAAGCGUCGAGUCGUCUAAGAAACGUGCAGGGCGAGUGGUGUUCAAGGAGACAAGGCAUCCGGUGUACAGGGGAGUGAGGCGUCGGAACAAUAACAAGUGGGUGUGCGAGCUCCGGGAGCAGGCCAAGCAAUCCCGCAUCUGGCUCGGCACCUACCCCACCGCUAAAAUGGCUGCUCGGGCCCACGACGUGGCCGCCCUGGCUCUCCGUAGCCUCUCUGCCUGCCUCAACUUCGCCGACUCAGCCUGGCGCCUCCCCGUCCCCGCCUCCACUGACCCCGUCGACAUUCGCCGUGCUGCUGCUGAGGCCGCGAACGCCUUCUGCCCCGACAAGCUCGAGGACGCCCCGGGGGAUGGUGCCGGUGCAGGCGAUGAGGAAGAGGAGGCGGCUGGGGGCCAAGGGAGCGAGGAAGUUGUUGAUGCUAUCCCAAGCAGUUCUUGGGCGGGCGAUGGGACCUGGGACAUGGAAGGCUGGCUCGAAGGGCCGCUCCUCUCCCCGCCCCACGGCCCCGGCAGCGGCAUCCAAGUAAGGUGGGAGGAGCCCGAGCCCGACAUCGAGGUGUCACUUUGGAGCUUCUCGAUUUGAGAAACCGCGAGAAUGAAAAUGAUCCUGUUAUACAUGUAAUAAUAAAUAGACCCCUCUUGUUGCUGCUAGAGUCGAGUCAAAAACGAAACCUGACCGAACUUAUACUAGAGAAGAAGUGAGUGGCUUAGUUUUGUGAGACGUUAAUGUUAGGCGUUUGGUGAGCUAUAGUUCUCGUCAUUGUACAUUUGGACCCCUUCCAUUAUUCAAAGGGAACAACUGUAAUAGGAUCCAUGAUUUUAGAAUCGAAGUUUAUGGAUAUUAAAGGGGAAGUGACAGUAGCUUUGAGAGAGAUGGGUGGGUUUUUUUGUUCACUGUAUCAUCUCUCGCUAUACUUGUAAAUAUGAAGAGUUGUGGAUGA